AUGGGCAAUACAUGCCGUGGAUCUUUAGGAACAAAACACACAGAAGGCUUUAAUAAGCCCGAAGAUCAUUCAAUCGCUACUCAAAACCCUUCUUCUGCUUUAUCUAACAACUCUUUAGAUUACUCACCCACCACCUUGAUCAAUCAAAACCUCAUAUCUCAAGAAUUCUCAAAAGAACCCACUCCGAAACCCCUCCCUCUUCCCAAAAAAGACACCACCAUAACCAUGAGUCGCCAUGGAACCUCCAACCAAGCUUACUAUGUUCUCGGCCAUAAAACCGAUAACAUUCGCGAUGUCUACACAUUAGGUCAAAAGCUAGGUCAAGGUCAAUUCGGUACUACCUAUUUAUGCACUGAAAUCGCAACAGGGAUAGAUUACGCUUGUAAAUCGAUUUCCAAAAGGAAGCUGAUUUCAAAAGAGGAUUUGGAAGAUGUUAGGAGAGAGAUUCAGAUAAUGCACCAUUUAGCAGGACACAAGAAUAUUGUCACGAUUAAGGGUGCAUAUGAAGAUCCUUUGUAUGUUCAUAUCGUCAUGGAGCUUUGUAAUGGUGGAGAAUUGUUUGAUCGGAUCAUUCAAAGGGGACAUUAUAGUGAGAGAAAAGCUGCUGAAUUGACAAAGAUUAUCGUUGGUGUUGUUGAAGCUUGUCACUCACUUGGCGUUAUGCAUAGAGACUUGAAGCCUGAAAAUUUCUUAUUGGUUAACAGAGAUGAUGAUUUUUCUCUCAAAGCAAUCGAUUUCGGUCUUUCAGUUUUCUUCAAACCAGGUCAAAUCUUUACAGAUGUAGUAGGAAGUCCAUACUAUGUUGCUCCUGAGGUGCUUUUGAAGCAUUAUGGUCCAGAAGCAGAUGUAUGGACAGCUGGAGUGAUACUUUACAUACUACUAAGUGGAGUGCCUCCAUUUUGGGCUGAAACACAACAAGGGAUAUUUGAUGCUGUUUUGAAGGGAGAUAUAGACUUUGAUUCAGACCCAUGGCCAGUUAUAUCUGAUAGUGCAAAAGAUCUUAUUAGGAAGAUGUUAUGUUCCAGGCCUUCAAAUCGCCUAACUGCUCAUGAAGUUCUUUGUCAUCCUUGGAUUUGUGAAAAUGGUGUUGCUCCUGAUAGAGCAUUGGAUCCAGCUGUUCUUUCUCGUUUGAAGCAAUUCUCUGCAAUGAAUAAGUUGAAGAAGAUGGCUUUACGUGUUAUAGCUGAAAGCCUAUCAGAAGAGGAGAUUGCAGGAUUGAGAGAAAUGUUCAAGGCAAUGGACACUGAUAACAGUGGUGCAAUUACAUUUGAUGAACUUAAAGCUGGAUUAAGGAAAUUCGGUUCUACUUUAAAAGAUACAGAGAUAAGAGACCUUAUGGAUGCGGCUGACGUGGACAACAGUGGGACAAUAGAUUAUGGUGAAUUUGUAGCUGCUACAAUUCAUUUAAACAAACUUGAAAGAGAGGAGCAUCUUGUUGCAGCUUUUCAGUAUUUUGACAAAGAUGGAAGUGGUUAUAUAACGGUUGAUGAGCUUCAACAAGCUUGUGCAGAUCAUAACAUGACUGAUUUUCUUGUAGAAGAUAUUAUCAGAGAAGUUGACCAAGAUAACGAUGGAAGGAUUGAUUAUGGGGAAUUUGUGGCAAUGAUGACAAAAGGAAAUGCAGGAGUUGGAAGAAGAACAAUGCGCAACAGUUUGAAUAUGAGCAUGAGAGAUGCACCAGGGGCUCUUUAAUUUAAGUAUAUCUGCAAAGGUGGUGAUAUUGUAGAUUGUACAGCUGGCAAUGGAGGCUUCAAGGCUAUGACUUAAGUGGUUGUGCCGCUGCUGCCACCACCACCAUGAGGGAGGAGGAGUUGGGUGGCAGUGGAUGUUUAAUGUUUGAGCAUUAUUAUUUGUUUUAUGUUUGUUGUAUUACUUGAAAGGAUAUGUAAGAACUUAAUGAGUGCACAGUUUCUUGUUUGUUGUUUAUUGUUGUUCAAAUUCUUGUGCGACGACACUUUUAUUGUUUUUAAUUUUGAUAGGAAACAAAAUCUAUUAGACUUUGUGCCUAUGUUUCUUUAUGUGUUUUUCACUUGAUGAUAACUUGUGACAUGUGAGUUAUUACACAAGAAACCAAAAUCAAAUUGCCAAUCAAGAUCUGUUCAC